AGAUUCCGCUGUUACCUCGCCGAUCACUGAGUGGGUGCUGGAGGCAGUGGGUCGUCACUAGUUACCACAGCCAUAAAGUCAUUAUUAUGGCCAAAACGAGCCUAUUUCUACAAGGUAUAUCCUUAAAUCUGGUUUUAAACCUAACCACACUGCUGGCCUUAUGCCUAACCUUAAAUUAAGACCAAAAAGGGAAUUCAUAAAAAUAAACGAUAUAUAGCCAAUUUUGACUUUGUGGUUGGGGUAACUAGUGACAACUGGUGCGUGUUCUGCUCGCUUCUGUCCAUUAUAUGGUGGAUGAUGGCCGCUUCAAAGCCUGUCGAGCCGCACUCCGGGAGCGGUUUCSCCCGCUGGCAGCUGGCCCUCCUGGUCGGAACCCCCAUAGUGUUGGGUGUAGGAGCCGUUUACCUGUGGAAACGAAACAAGACGAAGAACACACCGGGGAAAAGCAAUGGGGAACGGACAACUCCAGAAGGUAGCGCUAACCCGGUCCAGGGCCAAGAAGGAGCCCGUUGCGAGCAGCAGGACAUGAGUCCUCUGGACCGGGCCCAGGGUGCUAAGAACAAGGGCAACAAACUUCAAGGCUGGAAGUAUGAGCAGGCCAUCCAGUGUUACACAGAGGCCAUCGGUCUAUGUCCUAGAGAGAACCAGACAGACCUGUCCACCUUCUACCAGAACAGAGCUGCGUACGAACAGCAGAUGAAGUGGACAGAGGUGGUGCAGGACUGUACCCAGGCUGUAGUGAUUAACCCACGCUACACAAGGCCUAUUCAGGAGGCCAAGGCCCUGGAGAGACUGGGACAACAAGAGGAGUGCCUGGAAGAUGUGACGGCAGUGUGUAUCYUGGAGGCCUUCCAGAACCAGCAGAGUAUGCUGCUAGCAGACAAAGUCCUCAAACUGCUGGGCAAGGAGAAGGCCAAAGACUACAGGCAGGCAUACACUGGCAACAGCCAGUCCCAGGUGCAGACGGCCAUGGACGGCUUUGAGGACGUCAUCACAAGGUUCCCUAAGUGUGCCGAGGGGUACGCUCUGUAUGCACAGGCAUUGACUGACCAGCAACAGUUUGGCAAGGCAGAUCAGAUGUACAACAAGUGUAUUGACCUGGAGCCGGACAACGCUACAACAUACGUCCACAAGGGGUUGUUGCAGCUCCAGUGGAAGCAGGACUUGGACCUGGGUCUGGACCUCAUCAGCAAGGCCAUUGAGAUCGACAACAAAUGUGACUUUGCCUAUGAAACCAUGGGCACUAUUGAAGUUCAAAGGGGAAACCUGGAAAAAGCGAUAGACAUGUUCAACAAGGCCAUCAACCUGGCCAAGUCAGAGAUGGAGAUGGCCCACCUCUACUCACUGUGUGAUGCAGCCUACGCCCAGACUGAGGUAGCCAGGAAGUACGGGUUGAAGCCACCCACGCUGUAACUCUCCUGUCACAUGAUCCACCCUACCCAAGUCUCUCCACUGCUGAGCCUGAUCAUAUUAUAACUGCAGAUCUUUGAGUCAUUUAGUUUUGUACAAGACCUGAGAACUACCGGUGGUUAAAGAUGAAAGAGAAAUAUGUGACUAGGGUUGCAAAAUUACGGUAACUUUCCCAAAAUUCCCCGGUUUUCCUGAAAACCAGGAAUUACGGGGAAAUAAGCAGGAAAUCCAUGAACAUGCCAACCAGGAUUUCUGGAAAGCCAGGGAGGGAAGGUUAGGAAAGUAACUGGAAUCCUGUCUGACCCUACAGUAUUGUCACGUUGAAUUGGAAUUCAAACCAGUGCUAGAACCUCAAGCCGCUGGUAAAUAGGGUGGUCUUAACUCUCCCUCUCCUUCAGGGCACUUGACCCACACACCCCCGUCUCCUGAUAUUUAGUUUGAGCCGGACCGUGACCACUAUGUCUUGUUUUCUCUAUCAGGAACACGUGAAUGGCCAGGUAUCCAUCCAGAAAUAAUUACAUCUUCUGAAAAUCAAAGGGAGAUUCACUCAAUAGAUUUCACCAUCUUAUUGCUGACUUAUCCAUGUUUGGACGUAUGUUAAGAUGAAUGUAUUAUGUUGCCUCCACAUAGAGACCUGUAUAGAGUUCUGAUGUUCAUUUGUUACUAUAUAUGUUACUAUUCUUCUUGUUCUCUAACAAAUAUUUCUGUCCAGACACCUCCAUAUCCUCGAGAUAACGUAACAUUAUUGAAUGGCAAAUUUAAAUGCAGGAUUUAAAUGUUAGUUAAAUGUGUGUGUAAUGAUGGAUGUCUGUUUGUGUAAUGCUGCAGCUGAUAUGAUAACGGGAUACGAGCGUCCAGGUGAAGUUGGGGUCCUAAUGUGUUGUUUAUGUCCGGGGGAUUGCCUGUUUUUCCUUUUUAUAUGUUCUGUACAGCAUGUGAGAUUUCUCUUUCUAAGUAAAUGUUAAUGCAAUGCUUGUGCUGAAAUACUGUUUCUGAWAUCCUCUCUGGCCAUUUUGGAAAGGCUGAAUAAGAAUGAACACUUAGACCUAAAAUGACACCUUUUAAUUCAGCAAUUCUCAAAAUAUACCRCUUUUAUUUUUA